ACAGCCAGCGGUGAACGAAACAGUAUCCGCUCGCAAGGGCUUCCCGAAACAAACGUGUGCCUUCGAAGUGCGUGUGAAGAUAAUGAUGAUGGGUUUUGUUAUUGCCGUUGUUUAAUGUAUACCCCCCCAAAGUGUCCUUGCAUUCGCAUUUAAGGUGUGUGUUGUAGCUGUCCUGUGAAUUACAAAAUAUUAUAAAAUAAGAAGCGUUCGAGCACACACAUACGUACACGGUGCUUUUGAUUGCGAUUGGGAAGUGCGGCGGCUAGUGGCGAAUGUGUGUGUGGAAGGCGUGAAAAUUUGUGUUUAGUGCGUGUGUGUUUUGGUUCCGUUUUCGGGUGGCAAAACCUGUUCUACAAUCGUCGGCUAGGAAGCUGUUCUAUCCGGCAAUCAAGCUAGGAAGUGCAUUUUUUUUUCACUGGUGUGGCCUAUUGUUGUAUAUAACUGACGCAAACACACAUACACGGUUGCUUGGAUGUGUAGCGGAAGCGAAGAUCGUGGUGGUUAUUGCUCAUCGUCAAAGAACAACGAACACUAAGCUGCGGACGGUGGAAAGGAACCGAGAUGGAGCGAGGACUACACGAUCGCGAUCGGGUAGGCCUGCAGGAUCAGGUGCUACUGGAGGACUAUCAAAGUGAGGAUGCGUUCAUCGACAACCUUCGGAAACGGUUUCAGGAGAACCUUAUCUACACCUAUAUUGGCCAUGUCCUGAUAUCGGUAAACCCGUACAAGGAGCUCCCGAUCUACACCGAGAGUGACGUCAAAGAGUACCGGAAGCGACACUUUUUCGAGGCCCCGCCGCAUGUGUUUGCGCUAAGCGACAACGCGUACCGCUCGCUGACGGAAGAGAACCGAGGCCAGUGUAUUUUAAUCUCGGGCGAAAGUGGUUCGGGAAAGACGGAAGCAUCGAAGAAGGUGCUACAGUUCAUAGCGGCCGCCACCGGGCACACGCACAAUGUCGAAGGUGUGAAGGAUAAGCUGCUGCAGAGCAAUCCGGUGCUGGAAGCGUUCGGCAAUGCGAAAACGAACCGUAACGAUAACUCGUCCCGCUUUGGCAAGUACAUGGACGUGCAGUUCGAUUUUGCCGGUGUGCCUGAGGGUGGUAACAUCCUGAACUAUCUGUUGGAGAAAUCGCGCGUCAUACAUCAGAGCGGUGGGGAACGGAACUUCCACAUUUUCUAUCAACUGUUGGCCGGCGCAGACGAUAAUCUGCUGCGGGAGCUGCAUCUGAAACGCAAUCUGGAUACGUUCUACUAUCUAAGCGAUGGGGCUAAUGGUAAUGUGCCGAAUAUUCGUGACGCGGACAACUUCCGCACGGUACAGAAAGCGAUGACGGUGAUCGAGAUUCUAGAGCAGGAGCAGCGACAGAUUCUUGAUAUUGUGGCGGCCAUACUGCACAUGGGCAACGUCGGCUUCACGGAGGAGGAAGGCAAGGCAAAGAUCCUCAAGCCGGAAUCAGUGACGGCGAUUGCAAAGCUCCUGGGAUGCAACGAGGAGCAGCUAACGAACGCAUUUACGCACCGUACGAUCGAGGCCCGCGGUGAAAUAGUGACGAGCCCGCUGAACCGCGAUCUCGCCAUCUACGCCCGCGAUGCACUCGCAAAGGCUGUGUACGAUCGUCUGUUCAGCUGGCUGGUGUCACGCAUCAACACGUCACUGCAUGCCGCGGAUCUGGCGAAGAAGAACAGUGUGAUGGGCAUCCUCGACAUCUACGGGUUUGAGAUAUUCAAGAAGAACAGCUUCGAACAGUUCUGCAUCAACUUCUGCAACGAGAAGCUCCAGCAGCUGUUCAUAGAGCUAACGCUAAAGCAGGAGCAGGAAGAGUAUCUGCGCGAAGGCAUCGAGUGGGUGCCGGUCGAGUACUUCGACAACAAGGUCAUUUGCAACCUGAUCGAAGAGAAGCACAAGGGUAUUAUUGCACUAAUGGACGAGGAGUGUCUGCGACCGGGUGAUCCGACCGAUCUGAGCUUCCUCACGAAGAUGAACGACAAUCUGGGGUCGCAUCCGCACUACAUCUGCCACAGCCGCGCCUCGACGACCGUGCAGAAAACGAUGGGUCGCGACGAGUUCCGGCUGGUGCACUAUGCCGGUGACGUGACGUACAGUGUGCACGGGUUCCUGGACAAGAACAAUGAUUUGCUGUUCCGCGACUUGAAGGAAGCGAUGGCCGAGUGUAGCAAUGGGAUUAUUAAGAGCUGCUUCCCGACGUCGGACAUUGGCAGCAAGCGACGGCCGGAGACGGCAGUGACGCAGUUUAAAAACUCGCUCAACAAUUUGAUGGACAUUCUGAUGUGCAAGGAACCAUCGUACAUUCGGUGCAUCAAGCCGAACGAUCUGCAGACGCACGGCCAGUUCGAUGUGGAGCUGGUGCGGCAUCAGGUCAAGUAUCUGGGGCUGAUGGAGAAUCUGCGCGUCAGGCGAGCCGGGUUCGCUUACCGGCGCACGUACGAACUGUUCCUGCAGCGGUACAAGUGCCUUAGCCGGGAAACGUGGCCACACUACCAUGGUCAGGCGAAGGACGGUGUGCAGAUACUGGCGAACGAGCUUGGGUAUGAGAAGGAUGACUACCGGAUGGGCAAGACGAAGAUUUUCAUUCGCUUCCCGAAGACACUGUUCGAUACGGAGGAUGCGUUCCAGGCGAAGAAACACUAUCUGGCCUCGAUUAUACAGGCCCGGUGGAAGGGUCGCCGGCAGCGUCGUGCGUACCUCGCCAUUCGCGCUAAGAUUAUCGUGGGUCAGACGUACAUUCGGCGCUAUCUGGCUAUUCAGGAGCUGAAACGACGCCGGGAUGCUGCCGCUAAGAUACGGUUCUUCAUUAAGGGCUUCAUUACGCGGCACGAUGAACCGAACGAGUGUAAUCGCUCGUUCAUUCAGCUCACCAAGCGGCACUGGUUGACGAAGCUAGCGAAGAGCCUGCCGAGCUCGUUCAUGAGCCAUACCUGGAUUCCGGCACCGAAGCACUGCCAGGAGGCGUCGAUACUGUUGCGCAAAAUGCACAAGCUGCAUCUGGCCCGCUGCUAUCGGGUGGGACUGAACGCGGAAAAGAAGCGCCAGCUGGACCUGAAGGUCCUGUCGGAGGCGGUGUUCAAGAACCACAAGCGCAACUACCCGGAAAGCGUUGGGCCGUGGUUUGUGGAUGAUCGCAUUGCGAAGCAGCACGCCACGGCAAUCUCCAACUUUACCGUCACGCAAAUGAAUGGCGAAAAAUUGCAUUACUCCACACCGGUCGUGAAGUACGAUCGGCGCGGUUAUAAACCUCGCGAGCGCUUCUUCCUGCUAUCGAACAAGGCAGUCUAUCUGCUCGAUGGGAAAACGUACAAGCAGAAGCACCGGCUGCCGCUGGACAAGAUCGAUUUCUGCAUCACGAACGAGCGGGACGGCAUCAUGCUGAUCCGGAUUCCGCUCGAGCUGAAGAAGGACAAGGGUGAUCUUAUACUGGACAUUCCGGACAUCAUCGAGUGUUGCAUCUGGAUACUGGACGUUACCAAGAACCGCAGCAUCGUCAACAUCGUUGAUACGGGAUCGCUGUCCCACAACCUAGUCAGAGGCAAGACUGGCGUCAUCGAAAUACAGACGGGUCCGCAGCCCAGCAUCACACGGGCAAAGAGUGGCAAUUUGUUGGUUAUUGCUGGCCAAUAAUCAGAUGCCCGAAUUUGGCGGGUGCAGCGGGACACCGGUUAAAGUUAGUUAGAUACGGAAGCAUAUCGUACGCGCAAAAUCGCGGAACACACACGAUGAAUGGGAACAACUACGCUCACCAACGCAGAUGGCAACUGUAACUGGAGAACUAAUUUAUACGGGAAGUGCGAUUCUAACACCGGCCCUGUUCCAUGUGGUUAUUUUGCAGUUUUCACCCCCAAAAAAGAAGCGUCCGCAUUGCUGCCAAACAACAACAAAAUAGGGUUGAAAAGGAUAAGAUUGUUGGACUAGAAAGCAAAAAUCGUUAAAAAAAAGAGGGGUCGUUUAUCAGGGCAGAGCAGCCAGAGACGAAAGAGGAAAAAAACGGGAUCAAAAUUCUAACGCACCCUCCCUGGAAGAGGUGUGCAAACUUGAAUUUCGCAAUGCAAGGGUUCCGAGUUUUAAAAUGUAAAAAAAUUGGCCCAAAAAUCCUUCCACGGUCGUUGCCCUUGCGUUUUUCCCAGCAACAAAAAAAAGAAAAGGUUGUGUAGGGGUAGAGAAAGCAUGUGUGACACAUUUUGAAAACGAACGUUAUGCAGGGAUGAAGAUAAAGGCCCGUGCGCGCACAGCAUGCAUACAUUUAGGCGUCUUUGCUGGCGUUGCUGCUGCUGCUGCUGUUCAUGUAAAAUAGAAAACGUGCCAUUAGCAUUAAGGUUGAAGGAAAAGGGAUUUGUUGUUGUGGAGGGCGCAAAAACGAUUGUAAUGUUUGAACAUUUUUACACACAAACACACACAUAUACGCAAGAGCAACAGAAGAAAAGGCAAAAGCCAGCAACACUGUGGUGGUGAUUCUUAUCAUAUUAGGAUUAGGCGAGUUUAAGUCGUGGAAACAGUCGAAGAACGCAACGCAAACACAUAACCUAUAGUAGCAUUUGGGCGAUUGUUAACCGAUGAUAUGAUCGAUCGAAACACAAACGGUACGUUACUUGAGUUUCGGGGGAUGCAGUGGGGAAAAGUGGUGUUAUAGCAGCGUUAGCAUCAGAGUUUAGUUGUUUCUCUUAUUUUAUAUUUACCCCUACUGGCAAACACUUUCACACCUGCGGCCGGAAUGUACGCGCUGCUGGGUGCGUUUCCACCUGCUUCCCUUGUUUUAUUAUUAUACUUUUAAUUCUACUACAACUUUA